CAGCUCGCUACUUUCAGCAAUUUGUAUCUGGCAACCCUGUCUGGUGCGCCUGUGUGAGACUUGAGAUCAAUUGUCGGCGAAUGUUUACUGUCAUUUUUAGUGUAUUAUGUUUAAAUUGAUGAAAGGGAGGUUUGGAUAUGCAGUUCGAGUUGUUGGAGUAAGUCAGGCAAGAUGGGCCAGACAAAAGCUCUGCCUUCAAAAAGAUCGAGAACAAGCAAGAACAGUUAUUGUCCCAGUUUUACGGCAGUACUCAUCACUUCGCCAUUUACAAAGAGAUCUGCUAAAGUAUCCAGGUCCAAAUUAUGGCAUACCAUCCCGAGGGAUAGGCAUGAUUGUUGCCAGGGUGUUACGUGGAGCUCUCAAGAUACGCUAUCUAUUGCUUGGUGGAAGCCUUGCAGGUGGCAGUGCCUUGGCGAAGACUUACGAGAAGUGGAAAGAGGCCUUACCGGAUACAAAAUUUUUGGAGGGCAUCUUGCCGUCACAGGAAGAUCUCGAUUCUAUCAGAAGUUCUCUUAUAACAUACAGAGACAAGAUCAAGGAUGCUGUUCCAGCGUUUACCUUAGAUCCUAAACUGAAAGAGCUUGGAGAAUCCCAUUAUGACCAAUUAGUGGUGUGGUUCAAGGAGCGUUUGGAUGAUGCCGUCAGAGCUGCAGAGGAGGAGAAAUCGGAAAACUCUGUGGUUUUCCCAGAUGGCGAGAUCCUAACCCUGUCCAGGGUGGCACAAUCCCUCACGCCAUUGGUGAAAGAUUUCUCCGCUGACUUGAAGCAACAUGCAAUUUCAUUUUCAGCGAUGGGCUCUGCUGCUGAACGGGAACGAGAGAAAGCAGAGCUCCUUCGCUUGAGACUGUCUCAAAUUGAAGUGGAACUGCAAGAAAAGACUGAAAGCUUGACCAAUGAUCUUGCCAAUCUUACUCGUGAGAAUGCUGAUCUCAGACACAAAAUUGAAACCAAUGAAACAAUUCGCGAAAAGUAUGAAGGUCUUCAAGAGGAGUUGAUGCAAGUGCAGUUAAAAUACCAAAAAGAAGUUGAACGCCUAGAAAAAGAGAAUAAGGAACUUCGCAAAUCUCUCAUGCUGAAGGCUGGAGAUAUAGUUGCCCGUAAAAAGAUUAAAAAGUCCCUCAUUGACAUGUACAGUGAGGUGUUGGAUGAGCUGUGUGAUUAUGACAGCAGCUACGACACACAGGACCACCUGCCAAGGGUGGUGGUUGUGGGGGACCAGAGCUCGGGCAAGACCUCCGUGCUUGAAAUGGUUGCACAAGCAAGAAUAUUUCCUCGGGGCGCUGGAGAGAUGAUGACACGUGCUCCGGUCAUGGUGACAUUAAGUGAGGGACCGUAUCACAUUGCCUCAUUCAAGGACUCGACUCGGGAAUUUGAUCUCACGAAGGAAUCAGAAUUGGCUGAAUUAAGAAAGGAAGUGGAGUUAAGGAUGCGUAACAGUGUACGAUCAGGACGGACAGUAAGCCAUGAAGUGAUCUCCAUGACGGUGAAAGGUCCAGGAUUGCAACGAAUGGUGCUUGUUGAUCUUCCAGGUAUUAUUAGUACGGUAACAACAGACAUGGCAACAGACACCAAGGAAGCCAUCAGAUCAAUCUCUCAGCAGUACAUGUCCAAUCCCAAUGCAAUCAUUUUGUGUAUUCAAGAUGGAUCGGUGGAUGCUGAGCGGUCCAAUGUCACUGAUCUUGUUAGUCAGAUGGAUCCCCAGGGCAAAAGAACUAUUUUUGUACUUACUAAAGUUGAUCUUGCUGAGGAGAAUCUUACCAAUCCAGACAGAAUAAGAAAAAUACUCUCAGGGAAACUAUUUCCUAUGCGAGCUAUAGGCUACUUUGCUGUGGUCACAGGUCGAGGGAACAAGGAUGACUCCAUACAAGCUAUAAAAGAUUACGAAGAGUCUUUCUUUAGAAGUUCAAGAAUAUUUAAAGGUGGUGUGAUCAACAGUCAUCAGUGCACAACAAGAAACCUAAGUUUUGCCGUUUCAGAGUGUUUUUGGAAAAUGGUACGCGACACAGUGGAACAGCAGGCAGAUGCCUUUAAGGCAACUCGAUUUAACCUUGAAACUGAAUGGAAAAAUAACUUUCCAAGAACUCGAGAAUUGGAUCGUGAUGAAUUAUUUGAAAAGGCACGAGGUGAUAUAUUGGAUGAAGUAGUAAAUUUGUCACAGGUUUCACCCAAGCAAUGGGAAGAUGCACUUGCCAAGAAGCUAUGGGAUAAGAUGGUCACUUACAUAUUUGAAAAUAUUUAUUUACCUGCAGCGCAAACUGAAAAUUCAGGUACUUUUAAUACCACUGCAGAUAUUAAACUAAAGCAGUGGGCUGACCAGAUGUUGCCAAAGAAAUGUGUGGAAGUGGGCUGGGUGACACUUGAAGAUGAAUUUAGAACGUUCAUGGAACGUGCCAAGAAUUCAAAGGACCACGACACCAUCUUUGACAACCUCAAGGCCUGUGUUGUUGAUGAAGCAAUGAGGAGGCAUGAAUGGGAGGAUAAAGCUGCAGAUGUUCUGCGUGUUAUACAGCUAAAUGCUUUAGAGGAUCGUUCAGUCAGUGAUAAACAGCAAUGGGAUGCUGCAUGCAAAUUUCUUGAGGAUUCGGUAAAAGAAAAAUUGGAAUCCACAGAAUCGACUCUCAGAGAAAUGGUUGGACCAAGCAUUAAAGAGCAGUGGAUGUAUUGGUGCUACCCAACCGAGGACCAGAAGAACAGAGCUGCUGUUAAGGCUGAGCUUGAAAAACUCCUUUUAUCUGAUUAUGCACACAAGAACACACUUAGCUACGACGAAGUAACUAUGGUGCGUAAAAAUUCUCAAAGCCAUGGUGCUGAAGUUGAUAAUGAAUUUAUACGGGAAACGUGGCAUCCAGUUUAUCGAAGACAUUUUCUCCGGCGUGCUCUAGCAAAAGCUUAUGGCUGCCGUAAAGCUUUCUAUGCCUACCAUCAAGGACUAGAAGGAGAAUUAGGGGUGGAGUGCAAUGAUGUUGUAUUAUUCUGGAGAAUUCAGCAAAUGAUCAAGAUAACAGCCAAUGCACUGAGGCAACAAGUUAUGAACCGUGAAGCAAGAAGAUUGGAAAAAGAGAUUAAGGAAGUUUUAGAAGAGUAUGGGUGUGACCGUGAGAAGAAAGAACAGUUACUAACUGGUCGACGAGUGAUGCUAGCUGAGGAGCUAAAGAGAGUGAGGCAGAUCCAGGAGAAGCUUGAAGAAUUUAUUCAUUCAUUAAAUGCUGAAAAAUGAAGAGUUGUUUAGAAAAAGCUUUAUAGUAAAUUUGCAGUAAUUACCAGUAUGUCGGCAGUUAGGUAAAGUGCAUAUAAAAAAAAAUUAGGAACUUUUUGGAAUACAAAACUUCAAAGUAUUGAUUUUGAACUACAAUAAAAGUGAUAGUAACCAAUGUUUCAGAUAAGUACCACAGCAUCUAUUAAUAACAUCUUAUUUAUUGCUAUAAAUUAAUAAAUUGGUUACAAAAUAUUCCAUAAUGGAAUGACAGUCAUAUAAUAACUUUGUUAAAUAGAUAGUUAUUGAAAGUUUAAAAAAUACUGUACAGUAAUGCAAUUUUUGUAAGUUUUAUUAAUGAUGUAAACAAAAAUCUUCAUACAUGAAGUAGUUAAUUUAUUUCCAGACUACUUAUAAAUACUGUACUAAUUUAAUUAUAAAUAUUCUAUUAAAAAAUAGCUUUUGUGAUUUUUUUUUUUUGUUAUUCAGCCAUAUUUAUUGUCAAUGAUGUUUUUUCUUGUUAACAGGCUGAUGUUACAUAUGGUGAACAUUUAUAAUACAGAUUUACAGCUUGGAUUGAAAAUAUAAUGAUUAAAUUAACGUGCAUCAUUGCACAUUAUCGGACUGAGUAUUUCAUGCUCUUGCUUCAUUGCCCUCUGCUUUAAAAGCUGAACUUGGGAACCAUUAUGAUUUGGUGUUAAAUUAUUAGUAAACAAAUGUAAAGUAAUAAUGUACACUGUUUUUUGCUUCAGUGAAAUUUGGUACUUUUUUAAUAUUUUCAGCACAUGUUAUCUAACAUGGCUAGUCAUAAAUUGAUGCUCAUGUUGCCUUUUAAUUAUGUCUAUUUAACAAAGUGAUAACGCUACAGAAAAUUGUUUAAAAGUUUUAAUGAUUUAUGUUGUAAUCAUGGUUAAAACAAAGACAAUGUAUGUCUGAAACAUUUUGUACAUAAUUUCAAUUUGUGUAUAGGAUAUUGUAUUAUGUCCGUCAUAUAGGGAGUUGUAAUCUAUUUUCAGUAACACUUUUUGACUUCCUACUCAUAAUUUAUUGAUUUGUUAUAUUUAAGGAAACUCGUACCAAUAAAAUUGUGGUCUCAA